ACAGGAGGAGAGGGGAGGGGAAGGGAAGGGAAGGAAGCAUGGCUUGCUGUGUGUGCACGCAUAGUCACUCAGCUCAUCCUCCAGAGAACCAAGGUACCCUGGCUCCUGCUGUCUCUAACCUGUUCUAACCCCCUGGAGUCCUGGCUGCCUUCCACCAUGACUUCCCACCUGCUCCUCUUCGGCCUGCCUGCCUUGGGGAUCUAUGCCCUGACCUCUCACUGCCUGCGAAAGAGACCCUACCUGCUGCACAGGCCGCGCAAGUUUCCCAUUCGAUGCCGGCACGUAUCCCACCGCGGAGGCAGUGGCGAGCGGAUUGAGAACACUUUGGAAGCCUUCAGCCAUGCUCACAGCCAGGGAACAAAUCUACUGGAAAUUGACUGCCACUUGACAAGGGACGGGGUUGUAGUUGUGUCCCAUGAUGACAAUCUGGAACGCGAGACAGGACACAACAUCAAGAUCAGCGAGACGAACUAUGAGGAUCUGCCUCCUUAUAAGGACCGUCUGGAAGUGACCUUCUCACCAGGCCGCUAUUCCCAUGGCUCAGAUCGCCAUAUUCCACGCUUGGAGGAAGUUUUUCAGAAAUUCCCUGACUUACCUAUCAAUAUAGAAAUUAAGCAGGAUAAUGAUGAACUCAUACAAAAGGUAGCAGAUCUCAUCCGCCAAUAUGAUCGGUCCCACAUCAGCAUCUGGGCUUCCUUUGAAGAGGAAGUGUUGAAGAAAUGCUGCGCAGCUAACAAAGAGAUGCCUUAUAUCUUCUCGGUCAGACGUGGCAUCAUGAUCCUCCUCCUCUACUAUGUGGGGCUUCUGCCUUUCAUACCACUGAAAGAAUCUUUCCUCGAGUUUUUCCUGCCCUCCAUCAUGAACAGGACUUAUUUUCCAGUGGAAAAGGGCUACUGUGGAGCAUUGCUGGCUAAAUUUACCCACAGGGUGACCAUGAGGAAAAAGCUUUUUAAACAUCUUGAAGACAGAGGGAUACAGGUUCUUCUUUGGGUUCUGAAUGAAGAAAAAGAUUUUGAGGAAGCCUUUAAGUAUGGGGUCUCUGGCGUCAUGACUGAUUACCCCACCAACCUCCGAAAGUAUCUGGACAGCCAUCCACCUCUUCUCAAUGAAUGAUUAAUUAAUUGGGGAGUGGUGAGGAAUCAAACAUGUUUCUUACUAGACAGAUUCUAGGGCUUAGGGAAGGGGGGAGACAAAAUGUGAAUCAAGCCCAGAAAGAAAGGAAGAAGGGAAAACCACAAAGCUAAUAAACUUACUGCAGCUAACAGCA